CGAUGUGUUCCGAAAAACAAGGUAGCAGAAGCUUGACUGUGUUUUUCUGUAAAUAACUUCUUCAGGGCAUAUUGAUUUUUAUAUGACAUUAGUGCAGAUGGAUUUAGGAGGCUUGCAAUUCAUUCUAUAACGUCAAGAAGACUGUGUACGAUGUUGUUGAAGGAAUACAGAAUAUGCAUGCCAAUGACAGUUGCAGAGUAUCGUAUUGGACAACUUUAUAUGAUCGCAAAACACAGCCAUGAACAGAGUGAGAAAGGGGAAGGUGUGGAAGUGAUCAAGAAUGAACUCUGUGAACAUUCAGUUCACGGUCAAGGACAGUUCACAGAAAAAAGAGUUCAUCUCUCAAGUCGAUUACCAACUUGGAUUCAAAAAUUGAUUCCAAAAAUAUUCUACAUCACAGAAAAGGCCUGGAAUUACUACCCAUUUACUAUUACAGAAUACACAUGUUCAUUUAUGCCAAAAUUUACAAUCUACAUUGAAACAAAGUAUGCAGAUGACAAUGGUUGCAGCGAGAAUUUAUGUAACUUAUGUGAGUCUGACCUAAAGGAGAGGAAAAUAGAGGAGAUAGAUAUAGCUUAUGAUGAAAUUUCAGAAAAACAUUACAAAGAAGCUGAGGAUCCUACAAAGUUUGUUUCCAAGAAAACAGGAAGAGGUCCACUUUCAAAGGGUUGGAGGGAUAUUGUUAAUCCUAUAAUGUGCUCGUAUAAAGCAGUGAAAGUGAAAUUUGAAGUCUGGGGACUCCAAACAAAAGUAGAAGAAUUCACUCAUAGAUGUAUCAGGGACAUCCUCUUACUGGGACACAGACAAGCUUUCACUUGGAUAGAUGAGUGGUUUGGUAUGUCAAUAGAAGACAUUCGUGACUAUGAGAAGAAAAUGCAUGCAGAGACAAACGAAAAAGUUCUGAGAUGACGAAAGCAAAGAAGCUGCUCCUAUUCAGCGGCCAGUAUUCGGACAAAAUCGGGUCAAGUGUAUAUCUUUUUUGUGUGUGUGUUUUUAUGCAGAUUGACACAAUGAUCUUUAAAUCCAAAAACCAUUCUUUUUUUUGAAAACAUAAAGAGCUAGUUAUAGUAAGACUUACUUUUGGCGCUUAAAUGGGGUCAAGAUACUAAAGCUGCAUGUACAAGUUGAAUUCUUUCUUUCUUUUCUUUUCUUUUUUAAAAAGAUGAUGCAUUUGAGUCUCUAUGUACAUGUAUUUAACUUAUAAUCACUCAAAGGAUGAGUUUUCAGCAAUUAUAGUUAAAUUUGAGAGCCACUAUUAUUGUAGCUAUAUUUUUAAAUCAUGGAGUCAUACAUGUUUUUUAAGUUGAAAAAUGUGUACAGGUUUGAUAACAGAAUGAUCUCGUUCUAUUUGUGCAGGUUUAUCAUGCUUCCAAAAUGACAUGUUAAAUAUUGCAUUGUUUUUGAGGGUUUAUGAAGUUAUAUAGAAAGUUUUCAAGAAGCAAUAUUAAAGCUUCUAGUGUUACUGUAAAAAAUUCAAAACAUGAACAAUGCAAUUAUAGUGCAAUAUGUUGCCAGUGUAACAUGGAAAAAAUUUGCACGUAAUUUACACCCAUAUGUCCCCUUUUUAUAAGCACAUCUGCUGCAAUACAUUAAACUAGAUCAAUCAAAACUAUUACAUUAUUAAUGCAGCUCUUGUUUGUUUGUGUAAAUAUUGUCAGGAAUUUGACACCCAGAUGAUCUAUAAUCAAAGGUAUAUACAAAUAAGUUUCUGUGAGUUUUUCUUGGUGAGAAUGAUUAAAUUUGUGAAACAAGUAUAUGUUACUGUAAUUUCAAGGUGGAUCUCAUUUUGUUAGCAAAUAUUAUUAAAGAAAUUAUUCUUUCUGCAAGUUCUCUGAACCUGUUUAUUUUGUUUUUAAACCAUCUUAGUGUUUUUAACCACA